AUUUUGGAAGGUCUGGUCUUUUUGCACCAGAAUAGAAUUGUACAUCGGAACCUCAGCCUCGAAAAUGUUCUUCUGACCAAACAGGGUGCAGUGAAGUUGUCAGAGUAUGGUGUGUAUUACAUCACAGAUUAUGGAGCAGAUGUGUCUUUUCCCAUUGGACUGCCUCGAUACCUGCCUCCGGAAGUUCUGUGUUUGGGUCCAGUGACAGUUGAGGAUGACACAGGACAUUGCCUGCAACCAGUCUCAGGCCCAAAGGCUGAUGUGUGGUCUUUUGGCAUCAUUCUACUGGAGCUCAUAUUGGGUCGAGAACUGUGGUCAGGACUAAGUGUAAGAGAAAUGCUGAUGAAGACAAUAGAGUUGAUAAAAACUGAAAUGUCACCUGUGGAUUAUUUAAGUCAAGAUCCUGCUGUGUCCAAAAAAUUGAAGGGUGUAUCCAAAGAAAUGCUGGAUGUUCUUAGACUUUGCCUUAGUGUGACUUCUUCAAAGCGAGCCCAGUCGGAAGAACUUAUACAGCAUCCGCUGUUCAACAAGAUGAGAGAAACUGCUGUAAAAUUUAGUGAUGAUCACCUGUCUCAGAGAUCAAUGCAGGAAGUCUACUACCUAUGGCGUCUGGCUGGAGGUGACCUGGACACUGUCUUACGUAAAGCAGGGAUGUCCCGGACCAGAACCCCCGUAAAUUUACUUCCUUG